CGGGUACUUAUAGAUGCAGCCUAUUAUUUAAGUGAUUAAGCUUGGUCUAUUUGUUUACAAAAUGGCCACCUCAAAUGCCCAGCAACAGCAUCGUUCGGCAUUAAAACAAUAUCUCCGUUCACAUUCAAACAACACUAAUCAAAAUAAAAAGUGAGGCAUAUUUGUCCUUAAGAUAUGUCAAGGUUGAAAUUUAACUAAUUAAUAUCUGCCAAGACUGAAGUCUUCAGUGAAGACUACGAUUUUAAAACUGAGAUUAGUGACUAUUACUAGUUGACUAGUGUACCAGUAGUCAGUAGUGGUAGUGGUCAGUGUCAGUGGUAGUAAGUAAAAGUAUCACUAACUUAUAAUUUUAAAUUAGUAGGGAUUUUUCUUUGCGUAAAGCGGAAUUAUAACCUUUAUAAUAGGAAGCUGCAUAGGCAUAACUCGCAUUUUAGGCCAUAAUUAGUGGUAUUUUGAAUUUUAUUAAAAUUGUUUUUGUAAUCUACCAUUAACAUUUCAGCAUUACACAGCUUAUUAAAAAAAAUCGUGUUGUGGUUUGAAGUGCUAUUUACUAUUUAUACUACAGUUAUUCUUUAUUGAUGUCUGUUGAUAGUACAGUUGAAAGAAGGCAACUGGGUUUUUGUGGCAUAGAAAGAAGGCUCUGUAUUCUUGUUGACGUGCCAAACACACUUGUGAUCACGUUAAGGGCGUUAACAGGACUGCAAUACUGUUACCGUACAAAGAUAAAAGAAAUAGAGAAGCAUGGGUGGCUUAUGGAUUAGGCUUAUGCAAAAAUAAAAUAGAUAAGACAUGGAAUAUACAAACAUUCUUUUUGUAGUCCAUCAACAAAAUUUUUUUUUUCCAAAUGAUGCUGGUGUCCACACACAGAAUGUAGAAAACAUGUGGAUGCACACAAAGUAACAAAGCUCAAACUGAACAAAAUAUUUUAAUAUUUUAUCACAAAACGCAAUCUUCGCCCAUCCUGUAUGCUUGACUUCAUGUUCCGCAACCGUUUUUGUGGAGAUGAUAUAAAUUCAAACGUUUCUUUUCAUACAUUAAGCUGUUUGAAUUUUUCUACUUUAAAAAUGAUGAAUUUAAUACAUGUGCUGAAAUGAAUAUGUACAAUGUCUAUAUUAAAAAACAUUUCCAUUGAUUAGAAUCAAUAAAAUAAUUUUAUCUUAUCAAUAACACAAUAAACCUUUAAAUAGCACUUCAAAUCGGAACUAAACGAUUUUUUAAUAACCAACGCUCAAGUGGUAAGUUACCGUUAUAUUAAUAUUACAGAAGCAAACCACAAAUGACAAAAACUGUUUUUGACAGUCUGACAUAAGCAUAGAAAGUUUUGUGCUAAAGGCAGGAACAAAAAUGCCUCCACUUUCAUACAUGUUGAUCAGUCAUCUAUUAUGACAUGUUUUCUAAGCAACUAAAAGUAUAAAUCUGCAUCAUACAAAGGUUUAAUUAACUUUCUUAUUUUAAGUAACCUAAAUUGACUUAAACAAACUUAAACUGAACGUUAUGAUAACGUUAAGAAUUUUUAUAUGUAAUAGCUGUUUUUAAAAUAAAAAGUGUUUUCUUGCUUCUGCAAAGUUAUUUAAAAUAAUCGGCUACCGGUACUAAAACAAAAAAACAUAAAAUUGCAGAUUUAUUAAAUUUUUAAGAGUAUCUAUUAAUUAAUAGUUUUUGAGCAAAAACCUGAAUUAUUUCUGUAAUAGACUAAUAUCCAAAUCUUCUCCAUUCAUUCUUUCUAUGGAUAUUGAAGCUAAACCAACCAAACGAUCUUUAGACAUGCAGAAUAAAGAAAAUUUUGUAUGUAGUUUACAUCAGCUUCCCACAACCUUCGACACUGUUAUUGAGAGUGUUAGAAAAAUUAUUAUAACAACAUACACAUAUAGAAAAAAAUCAACCAAGUCCAUUCAACAUAGAUAAUUUAAUAUACUUCUGGGGCUUGAUUUUUAUUUAUUCUUCUUGAUAAAGAAAAUUACUAAUUCCCAAGUUCUGUUACAUUAAUGGCUGCUGAAACUUCAUUUUCCUAAGCCAAAAGUAUGUAAGCUAUUACUUUAUACUUUCUUGUUUGCAUUUAUUAGGCUAUCUUUUCUAUUAGGUACCUUUUCCAAAAUAUGGUUACCGGCAAUGUUCCCUUUAAGGUUUACUGGUUCGUGUGCAAAAUCAUACAGUUGUGUGCAAAGUUUUACAGCAUCAAUUUUUUUUGUGUGCAGAAUUUUACAGCCCACAAACACAAACAUAUACUAACAUGAAAACUGCUGUGCAGCAUCUAUGAGUUAGCAUCUUAAAGGGAAUAUUGGUUACCGGUAACAAAAUAAAUUCGAUGAAUGCACAUAGGAUGGAACAAAAAAUGCUCUUCUAAUGAGCUAUCAGACUCUUGCUUGGACUCCAUUAUGAAGCCCUCUCAUGUUUGCUCUAUUAUCUUAUCCUUUUCAUCUAAUAUUAUUAUUAUCUAGACAAAUGCCAGAAUCUGAAAAUUCCUGAAAUAGAAUUUCCAAAAUUUUUUCUUCCCACCUUCCAUGAAAAGACUCUGCUGUUGGACAAUUUAAAAAAAAAGUGCUGCUUGAGUGCCUUCAUACGCCACUGCUUGCCCUUGUAUAUUUAAUUUUCAAGUUCUAUGAAUACAAUUAAAGAGGGGCAUCAAAUAUACAUCAUUUACAUUUUUAAAUUUGUACAUAUUAAAAUAUUUUUUUUGAAUUUGCCGCCCCUUGAAAAAAUGUAGGGCUAGGAAGCUGCGUUUAUCACCUACACCUAAUGCCGGCACUAGACACAAGUGUAUCAGAAUCCGUCACUCUGUUACUUACCGAUCAGACACAGUGAUACUAGUCACAUGUGUUUGUCCUGUGUUGUGAGUUGUUCACUCUUCAUUUCAGAUCAGUCUUUACUCUACAGUGAUGUUUGAAAACAAUAACAUGAGGCUAUAAACUAAGCCUAGGCCUAUUAACUCUUUUACUCCCUUGAGCCAACUGUACAAGCUUACAGAUUUUCAGUUUCUGUCCAAUAAGCGACUGUACCAGCUCACAGUUUAUUAAUUUUGUAAAAAGCGGAUGUGGUAUUAAGGUUUGGUUUCAACAAGCCUUGUCCGUUGAGGCAUUUUGCUUUGUGAUUUAGUAAGCUGUGUCCUGUUUACAUUCCGCUUUAGUUUUUUUUUAUUGAUUUUUCAAAUGCCAUGCACUGAUUUCGUACUAUGACUGAACUUAAUGGCUCAGGAACACGCAGAUUAACUGCUAAUAAAGCUUUAGAAUUAAUUCAAAUACUCAACAUUAUAAAACAAAUAUCAGUUUUAUAUCUCAGAGGGAGUAGGAAAAAUGUCGACAACCACAUGUCGAAAGUUGGUGUAACAAAUGUAUUAUCAGUGGUUCCCAGAAAAGGUGUGUUGCCCUGAUAUUGAUCCUUAUUCUUUACUGGCAUCAAGAUAUUCUAUUUUAAAACCAUUGCAAGGGUGUUAUAAUUUUACUAAGUUAAAUGGAAUAUGGUUAGUUUAUAUUUAUUGUAACUUUGGUCUGAUUUUUUAUCCCUUAUUGUGUGUUACUAAAAAGUGGGCAAUUUUUUCAAUUUCAACUAUUUUUUUAAACAUUUGGAUAUUUUAUUGUUCAUUGGAUUUAUUAUCAGUCAAACAAUGCUAGGGGUUAUUUUGAACUGGUGGUGUUUUGCAGAUUUAAAAUAAUUUUUACUUGCAUUUUUUACUUUUAAAAAUAAAUUAUUCACUGUAAAUUUUUGUUUUAAAUUCUGAUUACAAUUAAAAAAAAAACAUUUAUAAAAACUACAUUUGAUUCCAUUUCCAAUGAAGAGUAGCACUCCAGGUUGAACAUUUAUAUUAAGCUGAGGAAAAUAAGAAUAUAGUUUGAUGGUAUUUAUUGAAAAUUCACUAUGCAUUUUUCUGCAACAAUUUGUUUUGCUAAAAUGUAUUUAUAUUAUUUAUUUUUUAAUCAAACGUGAAGAAAAUUUUUAGAUUUUUUGUUUAAAUUGUCUGUGUAAAAAAAUUAUUUGGAAGUUGGUUAACAAAUUUCUGUAAUAAACUUUUGUGAAUUAGUUUUUUCUUAUCUAUUUUUGUCUGUGAAUAUUUUCUUUUUGAUAUCCAAAUUUAUAUAAUUUCAUAACAAAAUACAUUUAAUUUCUAUAUAUAACACUUAGGUUAGGGUGUAUCUUUAAUAUUUAUCUGAGAAUUUAGAUUAAAGUUUAGCAGUGUUAUUGUUUUUGUUCUGUUUUUUAAAACCACUUGGUAAAACAGUGGAAAUAUCUCCGGGAGUCAAGGAGUUAAAUAUUAUUAUUCUAUAGGAAUAUGAUUGAUAUUAACCUUAUUCGAAAUUGCGAAUUUGGGGAUUUUUAUUAACUGAUCCUAACCAACAAAACAUAAAAAUUUGUAUAACUAAGUAGGCUUAUUAGUUCUAGUGAAGUAGGCCUCAAUAUUAUUAGAAGAAAAUCUAAGUACUCAAAGGCAUGGGACUAUAAUAAAUAAAUAAUAGUUAAUAGGCCUGAACAAAUGAUAGACUAAUAAAUGCAAACAAGAAAGUAUAAAGUAAUAGCUUACAUACUUUAACAAAUUUUUAAGAGUAGGGCCUCUUAAGUAGGCUUUUAAAAAAAAAUUCUGGGAUAUAAAAAUAUAUCAAAAGGCAUAGGGUUUUAUAUUAAAGGAAACUAAUAAUUGCUGUAUUCAUCUUACUCAGUUUUUGGUUAGUCACUUUAGCUAAAUUAAAGUUUCAUCGACAAGACCUUGAUGGCUGUUCAAGGCAGAACAUGCCAGUAAGAGAAUGACAUGUUUUUUUUAUAAUCCAUUUUAAUCACAAUGGUAUUAUUAUCUAUUGAUGAUACAAAAUAAUAGAUUGUAAAUGUUUUUUAUACAAUACAAGUGAAAAUUUCAAACAUAUAUUAUUAAUUAAAUAAGUUAUAUGAUUUUACUUUUGAAAUUUCCUCAAGAUAGAGGAUUUUCAUAAAUUUUUAAAUAUCUUCCAAAAAUGUCUUUAUGCCAAAGAGAUCCAUGAUCGUUAUCUGCAAUUAAUAUAAAUGGAGAGACAAAAAUUUAACAGAUUGCAAAAUAAAGCACCACAUACCUUUGGUACAAAUAAACAAUUUAUUAAAUAAAUGAUAUGACAACUCAAUUUCCGUUCUCGUGAACACUCAUAAAGUCCUAGUUUUUAUAAUAAAAAUUUACAUAGUAUGCAUUUUUCCUUGAAAAGAAACCAUUGAAUUUAAAAGACCAUGACAUGUUAUAAUCAUACAUAUUGCUGAGGUAGAAACCUAAGUCAUUGUCAUCAAUGUUUACCAACUUGAUAAUAAAUUUUAAUGUGUAUUCAAGCUAACUAAACCAAGAUUUUUUUUUCAUUCAGUUCUUUCAAACCUUCUAAGAUAUUUUAAUUCUUCAUGGUCUGCAUUUUUUAAAAUCUUUAUGCACACCAUAUCAAGGUAAAAAUAUCGAUUUAUAAUUGAGACCAUUUUUAUAAGUCAGAUAAAUCUUUUUUUAAAAAGACCUGUCUACCUUGUUUUUCAUUGUCAGUUAGGACCGAAUCCAAAAUGCAUUAGAGAUAAAAACUAUUAUCUCAAGUCUUCAAGGUGAUCUAUGUGGCAUGUGGUCUUUUGUUGAUUCAUGAUUUUGACUUCUAUUACUCAUUUCUAGCUGUACAGCAAAUCUACUUAUCUCCUUUACAUUCUCAAAGCAUCAUUGUUCUUCUUGUUCUUACAAUUAAUAUUUCCCAUUUUCAUAACUCUAGCUGUUGUGUUCUCUAGAUUGGCACAAGCCCUUUUUAAAACACAAGAAGUUUAAAAAAAAAAAAAAUUCAACAUCCUUCAAACAAUUUGAAAAUGCCACAGAUGAUUAAAUUGGGUCCCAAAAAUUUAAUACAAAUAAUAUUAGAAACUGCAUGAAAUUUAGGUACAUGAGAGACAAGACAUUGGUCCGAAUUAAGUAUGCUAUUUCUUCCUUAAAAAAAUGUUUUCCUUAGUAUGCCUAUUACACAGAAAAGCCAAGUAAUGAUAUAAUCAUAUUAUUUUUUAUUAUGGAUUGUGAAACGGUUUUACAAGCUUGUAAUCUUAAAUAUCCUUUUAAAAGGUUAAUAAAAAAAUUGAAAUCAUUGUUCUUUUCCUAUAAAUGUAUAUUAUAAAAACUUUUUACUGGGUACAUUUUAUUUCUUUAAAGAUUUUUUUUUCUCAAUGAAAAUAUAUUUAAAUUACUAAAUCUACUAUAAAGUAAACAUAAAUUUUGCCAUAUUAGAAUUUGAUAAAUAAAGAAUAGUUUUCAGGGACCCUUGAACAAAUCAUGCUCUUCCCUUUACAAUUGGACAUAACAUAAUUUUACAACUGAUUACACUUGAGUUUAUUUUUUUUUUCCAUUUCCUUUUGUUGAAAAUAUUUAUAUUAAAGGAAAAGAAAAAAAAAUACAACUAAAAUUUCAUUUUAAUAAUUUUUUUAAACAUCUAUUUCAUCUAAUUCAACUAUUACAUGAUUAACUUAAUCAUAAUUUUAAAAAAAAUAGAAAUUUGUUAAUUUCGAUUUUUUAAUUAGUACAUGAAUAAACAAUUAUACUUCAGUUUCAAAGUUCUAAUUAUGACUUUGACUAUAUUAAAUAAAUUGAAACCUGUGUUUUUUCCUUAGAGUGUGGGAAGAUAAAAGCCCAAAAGAAAAAGGUUUAGAUGAAAAAUCAAAGAUACAAGUAGAAAGCAAUAACCCAUCUCAUGUCAACAGCAAGAAAAAUUUGAAUAGCCUUAAAAAUUGUAAUUUGAAGAAGAAUACUUAUAAUCCGAUAAAACUUCCAUUGAUUUCCAAGAAUGGAGGACGAAAGGUUAAAGUUGUAUUUGAAAGGUAAGCAGUAAAAACACUUCUAUUUGGUAACACUAAAUAUUUAUUUUCAUUAAAUUUACAUACAACAUUUAAAAUAUCACCUGUUACUGUAUCAAGGAAGUUCAAUAAGUAAUUUAAUUUUUAAUCAAAUAUUAAAUUGGUACCUUGACUGCAGUUUAUAUUGCAGAAACUGUCCAUAAAAUCGUUUAGACCAGCGGUUCUGAGCCUGUGGGUCGUGACCCCUUUGGGGGUCGAACGAUAUUUACAAAGGGGUCACCUAAUACCAUCGGAAAACACAUAUUUGUGAAGUAGCAACGAAAAUAAUUAUAUGGUUGGGGGUCACCACAACAUGAUGAACUGUAUUUAAAGGUUGUGGCCUCAGGAAUGUUGAGAACUACUGGUUUAGACUGUCAUGAAGUUAAGAUAAUAUUCCAUUAUUGAUCUAAACUUUUGUAAACGCUUGAAAAUUUGAUGUUUAUAAUUAAUCUAAUUUCUAAGCCAAUGACCAACGCUCUAUCAUUUAGUUGAAAAUUAUUUUAAUACUGGUAUUAGUUUUAAAACACUCAUUAAUGUGACCUCUCUUUGUGUAUGGUGUAAUUAAUCUUACAUGAUAGAAGGGAAAUGAUUAACCUAACUGCUUUUUAUGUCCAAUUAUAAAUAAAUCCAAAGAAUUAUUUGCAUGAUUAGUAUAGUAUUAAAAUAGCAAAUUAAAAUAAAAUAUAAGCUGGUUACUUCAAUUAUAGUUAUUGAAUGCCAUUGUGAUAUUAAAAAUGUCAAUUUUCACAGUUUACCAGAUGAGAUAAUACGUAUUAUAUUUUGGAAAUUGCAAAUUGGUGAUCUGAUAAAUGUCUCACAAGUAUGCAAAAGAUGGCAUAGAAUAGCUGAAGACAAGUAAGUAAAUCAUGCUCAUAUGUAGUUUUAAAUUUAAACAUUUAUUGGCCAGCUUAGUUAUUAUGGUUGAAAUCAAAUCUUUUUAAAAAUUUUUAUCUUUCCAUAAAAAAAAAAAAAUUAAAAAAUCUAUAAUCUGCCAGGAAGUAAUGAUCAUAAUAAAGAGAUUCAUGAACAGUUAAAAAAAACAAAAACAACAAAGCUAUUAUAUUUUUGCAACAAAGAAAGUAUUAGAAUCUUAAAUAGAUUAUAAAGAUAUAAAAAUCACACUUAAUAACUGUCUUAGAAAGUUUACAUUUUUAUAAAACAGGCUUACUGAAUUGUAAAUUGAAAAGAUGAUUCCUUUGUGUUCAACCUCACAUAAUUCCUUAAAAAAAAUAUAUUUAGAUUUUUCUUUUAAAAAUUAAUUUUUUUUUUUCAGUUUGCUAUGGAAACAUUUCUAUAGUCGAUUUGUUGGGGCAACUAGUAAAGAAGCAGAAGAUAAGACCCCUGCACAUGAACUGCAUUCCUGUUGCUGGAAAAACUUGUGCCUUAAUAGGUAAAAUAAAUGAAAAUAGAGAAAAAAAUAUUAAUUAUUACAGUUGGUUAUCAUAAUGCUACAUCAGUGAAGCCGGAUUCUUUGAAAUGACUAACAUCAAGUCAAGAAAACAUAACACUUUGACUGAUGAACAUUUAGAAAAUCUAAUUAGGGCAGGUGCAACUGAAGGGCCGAGUAGAAAAAAUACUUAAGUGUAUUUUUGAAGGUUUUUAAGUUUUAAAAUUCUAAUUUAAAUACAUUAAAAGCUGUUCAAAGCAACUCUGAAUGAAACACUUAUGUACAUUUUUCAUGAAUGAUAUUUACAUGAAUGAUUCAGGGUAAGUAAUCAAAAAUAUGACAGGCUUAACUCAUUUUUGAAAAAUUGUAACAAGUACUUUUUCUAAUCUGUCUUUAAUUUCAGAAAAUUACAAGUACGAUUCAAAGAAAAAUAUAUAAAUAAAAAGGGCUACAGCCUUAUUAUCUUUUUUUUUUUAUUCUUGAUGACCCGAUAAUGCUAUUGGAGAUAUGCCUAUUUAUGCCAUGUGUAAGGAAAGGAGAAUUAAUAAUAUAAAUAAUUUUCUCAAAAAGUAAAAAAAAAAAAAAAUCUUUCUUUUGAGAUGUCAUUUGUGGCCCUUGGGUUUGCCAAAUUUUUUUUUCGGCCCACGCAGUCAAAAAGGUCUGACAGAACUGCUCUAUUUAAUUCUUUUAUGGAUGUCUGGAAUGAGGAGCAAGGAUGUGCUCAUAUUAUGUAAAAAACAAAUUACUAUGCCAUCUGUCGUUACUGAAUCAAAGUCACAAAAUCAAGGCAUGAUAGCAUGGUGUUAAAAAUAAUGAAAUGUUAUUAUACUAUCCUUACCAGUUGAAAAUUAACUAAUGCAAAUAGAAUAAACCAUUGCUUAGGAUGGUUUGAAAAAAUUCAACUAAUCUCAGUGAUGAGAUGUGAAAGAUGACAGCGUCUGUAGCAUUUAGAUGAAUAUGCAGGUUCGGUUUAUGAAGUGUAGCCUUUUUAAAAAAAAAUAUUAAAAUACUCAACACAGAUUAUUUGAAUAUUAAAAAGAGUAAGUAGUUUUUUUUAAGUUUUGCAACAUCAGUUUUCAAUCUUCAGAUGUAAACUGAAGAGGGACCAAAUUUAUUUGAAGAAAUGGAAACACCCAGACAGCUACACUGGCUUGAAACAGAGACCUGAACUCACUUUGAGGUGAGUAUUUUAUUUAUUAAAAAAAAAUCAAACAUGACUAAAAAAUUGUAUGAAAUUAAAGAAUAUUAUUUUAACUGGAAAUGUAAGUAUUAUAUUUUAUUAAUAAAAUUUAUUAAAUUAUUAUAAAAUGUGUUAAUUUUUAAGACUAAAAUAUUAGAUUGAAAAAGUUCUGUUCAUAUAAAUUAGUAAAAAAAUAUGUCUGCAAACAGUAAAGUUGGUGUGACCUUUGAGAUAAGCUUCAUUGACUCUUGUGGCCUAAGUCAAUCUAUGAAACAAAGUGACAUAUAUUGGUUAACCAUGUCUGCAAGUGUUCGAUGGUAUGACCUCACAUUCCCAGACAUACAACAAAUAAAGAGUCUAAGAAUUCAUGCAUGCUCUCCUCUCAUGUUCUAUGGACCUUCAAAGCCAGCAAAAGAUGGGUAGGACUUUAAUUUAUGUUACUUGGAUAUGUAUUUAAAAAUAUUUUUAAAAAUCUAUUAAUUAUAUAAGUAUAAGCCUACAAUUUAAACUUUUCAAACUCUGUAAUUAGAAAGUAUUGAAAGUGAAACAAUAUUUAAUUCUUAGACUUAAUUUUUGCCUAAAUUAAUUUCUGCCAUUUUUUUAAAAAAUUGACAGAAUAUCACAGAAGUCUUUGCUUAUGGAAUUUAACGGAAAUCUUCGGGAGUUUCUACUGAAAGAAAAGCCAUUAGGAUCUGAUUCCCAUAUUAAUAUAUUUGAAAUAUCAAAAGGUCUUAUUAUAGGAUUAUACCAGGUGUUAUAUAUAUAUUUUUAAAUUUAAUUUUAAUUUGUCUUAUUUAUCUUUCUAGCAUUGUUUGGUAACAAUUUUUUUAAAGUUUAUAAAAUAUUAACAAUUCAAUUAUAAUCAUUUUCCCAUUUUCUCCCCUUCUAACCUUAAUGUAACUAAUAAAAAUGUGUCCUUUAAAUAUAAAUAUUGCAUAUAUAUAAAUAUGUCUUAUAACUGUUCCUUAGUCUGAACAAAUGCAUUAUUUAUUCUGCAAAAAAUCCAUUCAACUUUAUAACUAAUAAUGAUUUUUUUCCCUCUAGGUUGAUGGUGAACUAGCCUUUGUCACAGCUUCUUUGCACUAUUUUAAUCUCAUAUCCAAGUGUCUCUCUGGUACUCCGCGAAGGUAAAAAAACAUAAGUUAAUAAAGUAAAAUGUUUUUAUUAAAAAAAUAGGCAUUUUUAUAAGACAUUUUAAGCAAUCUCUUAUAUAUAUAUUAGCUUCUGGUGUGGCUGCUUUCUUUUUACAACUGACCCUCCCCCUACUUAACAUGUUUUAUAUUAAUAGUACUGUGGGAAAAAAAAAGCUGUGAGGUAGUGAGCAUCUUGCAUGACGGUUGAACUCAGGUAAAAAUUUUCGGAGGCGACUAUUAUAUUAAUGAAUAAAGAGCCACCGGUAUGGUGUAGGACUAUUUUUUAAAAGCCGCCCGGUGGGGUGUAGGACUAUCUGUAGGAUCAUUGCUUAAAGGGCGGCAUAUAUAAUAGAAAAUGAGACGUUCACUUUUUUGUCUGUAUCACUUGGAGCCACUGGUUAUUUUCUCAAAAUACCCAGACCAGGUGUAAAAAAACUGCCCCCGGCUAAGCUCUAGUCAGUAAUAUUUUGUUACAUUUGUCCAAUAAAAUAAAUUUGAACACAGGAAUGUUCUUGAUAUCUCAUUUUCAGAUGCUGGGAGCCAUCUUUACCUAUGAGACCUGUAGAUGACAUUGAUCCUCAUUAUGGUAAUUUUUUAUAAAUUAGUAUUAAUUCCUUCCAUAACUUAGUCCAGCUUUUCAGAGCUGAAGAGACCUGCAGGUGGAAUUGAGCAUCAAAUUUGACACUGUUAAAAAAUAAGCAAUAUAAACUAAUUUCUGGAAUUAUAUUUUUGGACAUUUUGCCCAAAGCGCUAAACAUUUUAAUUAAGUCGUCUUUAACAGUUGUUUUGAAUCCAAUUAAACUACUUUAAACAUUUUAUCAGUGACACAGUGACUAUACAAAUUUUACUUCACGCGAAAUGUAAGAUUCAAAUUAAUUUUAACCCUUAAAUUUAUAUUAAAUAGUUUAAAGAUAAAAAUGUUUAAUUAUCUGUGCAAUUUUUUCCACUUACAGAUAUUUUAACAUAAAGUCUAUUAUUACCAUUAACAAAAAUUGAAUGACAAUGAUCUAAUAAAAGUAACUAAAAUGUUAAGAGCUGGGGAAUUCGAUCACUGCAUCUGUCGUUGCAAACACAGAUGAUGAAUGUCUGUUGUAAAUUUUUCCCUAGCCUGAAAACAAUGAAUAUAUAAAACUAUCUGAUUAUUUUGAGGAUUUAUAGUGCUCGCAACAUCAAACCGUUGAAUUUAAUUUUUUUCCAUGGUUUGAAUUAAUCAGGCAAAUUUACACAAAUAUUUGUUAAUAGUAACACCUGGCUCUGAAUUCAAAGACAUUUUGUUUUCCUACAGGUCUUCAUGGUUACACUUGUAUUCUUCAAAUUAGGAACAUGAGACAAAAAUUACUGGACUGUAAAUUUACAGAUCUUUAUACCAAAAAAGGUUCUUUGGGUAAGAUAAUCAUGAUUUAUCCACAGUUGGUCUCACUCGGCCACAUUAAUAGUUGUGUUGUUCUAUAAAAUAUAUGAAAUUUAUGCACUUGUUAAUUUUUUUCUGUUGCAUGAAACAAUUAAUUUAUUAUCUAAGUUAAACCAAAAAGUAAAGCACUUUAAAAUAAAAUAUUAAUAUUUAAAAAAAAACAAUAAAUAAAAUAGUGAUGAGAUUUAAUGAUAACAUUUUGCUAAAUUUUUUUAGCUUUCUUUACCUAUCUAAUCUUUAAAAUAUAGUUCUGUAAGGAAUGGCUUUUUGUUAUCACUUUAUCCUCUGAACAUUUAUUUGUGCAAGCAGUUGGUGGAUUUGCAGUGUAUAAUCCUGUUUGUAAAGAUGAUAAAAUGACACACAUUGCCUGUGUGAAGGAGAUAACAUUUCCAUGGAAAACCAACUUAUUUAAAGGUGUAGUGCAAGUAAGUGUCCUUGACAUGUUCCAGUUUGACAGGAACUUGAAAGUGUUUCUAUAAACAUACCCGAUAUUAUGAUUUAUGUUAUGUAGAGUUAUUAAUGAAAUCUAUAACUACUAUGAGUUUAAUACCCAAAUGAAGCCUAAACUUUUAAUAAGUAAUAAAGUUAUUUACUUAAUCUGGCGAUUUCACAGCUUUUUAAAUUAGGAUACCAAUUAAACAAGAGUUUUAGAUGUUAAACUUGUUAAUAGUAAGUAAUUUUUACACUCCUCAAAUUUAAAUAUUGUACGUGAAUAUAUUUAAUUCUGAAACAAAACUCAGAUGACUUUUGGGUUUCAAUAAGAACCUCAUUUACUUAAUUGGAUUUAGCCUUAAUUGGAUUUAGCAAAUAUUUACGAUAAAUAACUAAUUUCAUAACGAAAAGAAGCAUUUUAGAUCCUCAGCAAAUUUAACAACAGUGUCAAAUAGCUAGUAAAAUGUGUCAUGCGUAAUAACCUUUUGAAAUCCAAAGAACUUGAAUUAUGAACAGACAACUUUCAAAAUUUUCAUUGUUCUCAAAAUGGAACUUCUAGAAUAGUCAAUCAUUGAGAGUGUGAAUUUUUAGUUUAAUACUUGUGCAGAUGAUCACACAAUAUUACUGCAAUCAAAUGUUGGCGAUGAGUCACAAUAAGAAUAUUAAAGAAAUUUGGCUCAUUUUUUAAAAUCACCCUGAAAACAUCUUUUUAGUGACCUUUUUUGUUAACUAAUCAUGUUGUAAAGAAAAUUUUAAAAAAAACAACACAUAAUUGUCGUUCCAUUCCCUAUCAGUUUGUUUUCUGUUCAUAAAAACUUCCUUAUAUGACUUAUGAAUCAAGAUUUACAAAAUUCUGUCUUAAAAACAUAGAAAUAAUACAAAAUAGAUAGGCCUACUUACAUUCACAUGAUGAUGACCAUUAUUGCAGGCCAUUGAAAAUAAAUAUUAGCAUAAUGAUAUUCAAUGUUAAUUUACAGUUGAGUGAAAAGCGCUAUUUCGAGUCAGAGUAGUGAUACGUAGAUAUAAAAAUAGAUAAAGAUGAAAUAGAGGAGAAGCCAUAUUGUAUAGAAUUAAGAAAGCAGCUGGGAAGAUUUGAUAUAAUGUUUUUUUUCCAAAAUAAAUGGAUGUAUUGUGACUGAACUUUAUUUAAUCAUCAUUCUAUUGUUCAGGGGUAAUAAGGGGAGAGACUGCAUUCUAUUGUUCACCAGAUGGGAACCUUACUCUGUGUAAGAAAUAGUUAGUAGUUAACUCCCUAACUGACAUUCACUGAGGCGUCACUCUGGUCAUAUUAACUUAUAACAGUAACAGUGAUAUCAGUAUAGGAAGAAAGGUUACUGAAACCAUUUUUUGAAAAUAGAUGCAUAUUUUUAUCUCAAAAGAAGAGACAAUUAUUGUUUUCUUUUAAAAAGAUAAGUUCUUCAUGGACUGAAUGUAUACAAAGAUGUUGGCAACCUCUUUUGUAAGUGCUUGGCCAUGUGCUUAGGUUGUUGGACUAUCAUACCUGCUAAGUUACAAAUAAAAGUAUGCCUUUUCUUGUUAGUUGGCGCUCGUACUGUUUUAAAGAUCGAAGGUACUACUUGGUGUGUUUGAAAAUAUAAUGUUUAUUUUCUCUGACUAAUUUUCGUCCACCUCUUGGCCUUUCAAACAAAAAAUUUCUCAUAUAAUUCACCAACAUCCCCUUUACCUUACCCCUGGGCCAUUCCACUGCCCACUUUGAGAACCACUGAUUUAAGGGCUCCACACAUUGAUUUCAUAUAAUUAUUUAGUUUUUUUGCUUCUUCACUUAGAAUAAAUGUAUUUCUAAAAUCAAAAUCAAUACCUGUCUAUAGUUUGAAAUAAGAUUUUUUACUACCAGAGCAAUGUUAGCUGUGAAACGAUAAUAAAAAAGCGAUGUGAUUAAUUUACUCUAAAACAUUGUUAUAAUUAUUAUAAUUAAUCAUUGUUUAAAAAUUACAAACAACAUGAGUCCACAAAUAAUUUUUUUUAAAAAUUUCUGUCGCAAUUUUUCUCUUUUAAAAGAGCUCAAAAAACCCCACAGGCAGAUGAACACUUCAAAAAAAAAAAAGGGUGACAAAAGAAAUUAUAUACAAGAAGACUGGUACUUCUUGAAAAUGUCUUGUUUAACUAACCAAAACUCAUGACAUCAGCCGAUGAUAACCCAAAACCAUAUUGAGAUUUUCAAAAAUGCAAAGAUAAUUAACCAUUAAUGUGGAACAUUAACAUCACUCUGACGGAAAGAAGUAGAUAGCAUUAUAAUCAUUAAUGUGAAACAUUAACGUGAAACAUUAACAACACAAUGAGAGAAAAAAGUAGAUAGCAUUAUAUUCAUUAAUGUGAAACAUUAACAACACACUGACAGAAAGAAGUAGACAACAUUAAUUAAACUAAAAGAUCAUUUAAGUUGAACAAUUCUAUUUUCAUCCAAAGGCUGUUGGAAUAUUAGAUGUCAUCAUGCUUGAUGAGAGAGGAGAACCUUUCUGGACUAUUAGUUCUGCUAUAAAAGUUGAGCAUUCAUCUCAGACAUGUAAGAAUUGAAUGGUAGUUAUUCCAUUAUGAUGAAAUGGCAUCAUACAAAAUUUGUGUAAUUAGAUGAUAGAAUUACCUCAAUUAUAUGGAUGACUGAAAUAAAGCUCAUGUUAGUCAUGUAGAUUUACAGAAGUUAUGAGUGGAAACAAGUUACCUUGGUUGAAAUUAUGUUGGGACGCAAAGGAAAUAGAAUUAAAUGUUUUCUUUUAUGGCAAAGUCUCCCUAAAAGGAGAGAAGUCGUGCAGAGAGAGAUACCAAAUGAAAAUGCUUCACCUGCACAAGUCGCAACGUGAUUUACACCAUCCUUUGUAAAAAGUGCGGUAAAUUAUAUGUAGGAGAGACAGGUCAUCGCCUUGCAGACCGGUUUAGAGAACAACUCUAACAUAAAUAAACAGGCUCUCUGUCCGGUCUCCAAACAUUUCAAUAGCCCUAACCAUGAUGGAAAUUUAGAAUUCGCAGUUACUGGUAUACCUUAUACUAGUAAUACACUGGACAGGAUAUAUAUGGAAAAUAAAUUAAUAACAAGAUUAAGUACGUUGACUCCAUAUGGAAUAAACCAAAUCCACAAUUUUAUGUAGGCAGACCUGUUUACUCUUACGAUUUUGGCGUACAAUGUACGAUUUUGCGGUGUAUACAUUAUAGAUAGUCAAUGUUUAUUUUUUACUAUUAAGACAACGUAUUUAACGAUUUUGUGAUGAUAUUGUACAAUUUUUAGGAGUUUGAGGGUAAACAGGUCUGCCUAGGUGCGAUGUCUUUUUUCUGUUUGGUUUUUUACAUUUUACUUCAAGUCACUUCCUUUCCAUUCUUCUUUACUUUGUUUCUGUCUGGUUUUUGUGCCCACUCCUAUUUUUUCUCCUUUUUAGGUAGGAUACAUGUGUAUACAUAUUAUCUAAAUUUGAUUUAUACUUAUUUAAAUGUUUGUUGUUAUGGUGAUGAAGGCACGUGCUGAAACGUUUACUUGUGCAUUAUUUAAAAUUAUUAUUAAAGCUUAACUUAUAUUGUUAUAUCUACACAAAUUGUUCGUGUCUAAUUAAUCUAUUUUAAAGCAUUAUUGCAGUCUGACCUCUUAUAAUUAGUUAACCAAAUGAAAAACCAGUUUUUAAGGGCUAGGGUGGAUAUUAACAGCUGCAAUACUUCUCCACAAGCUUUUGUAAAUAUAAGUAGAUUUUGAUCAUAUUAGAAAGUGGGUGGGGGCAAUCAAGCUGAUAAGUUCCUAUGGUAUUCCAAAAGUAACUUUCCUUACUCCAUUAAUUGAUAAAUAGACAUUUCAGUAGUAGGUAAUGGCAUACUACAUUUAUUCUGUAAUGAUUAAAUCUGUAUCAAGGACAAAAAUAUCUUCAUGUUGCUUAAAAAUUAUUUCAGGCAUGCCGUUAACUGAAAUUUAUUUUACUAAUCCAAUUUUCACAAAAUUAAUAACUUGAUUUCAGAAUUAACCAAAUAAUCUAAAUUCAUUUACCGAUUUUAUUAAAUGUUGAUGGAUAAUACUGAACUGUCACUCCAGUUAUAGUUAAAAUAAACAUUUACUGUUCUUAGACCAGUUUGAGUUUGAGCCCAGUAACUACAGAGUUGUACACUAUGAGGAUGACCAAGGGAAGCUUGAUAUGGAGAUGGGGAAGGUAAGCAUAUUACUAUUAAAUAUAGACAUUAUCAAAGGCCAACAUUAUUUAUAACAUACUUGUCAAUGUGUGUAUUUUUUUUUACCAGAGUGGACUAGCUAUGUCUCAAAUUAAAAAGCAAAGUUAAAAGUAACAAAGGUGCAUGAUAGAGAUGGGAAUCAAACCCUCUUUUUAGAAGUACAGAUUGGGUUCGGUACAAAAACUUAAGCAUGGGCUUGUUUUGGUUCGGUAAUACCGUAAGUUUGGGUUUGGUAACAACCUAAGUUCAGCAACCCCUGAAGUUUGAAGCGUUCGGUAACUAUCCCAGGUUGAAAUUAGAUUGGUUUUAAUUUAAAUAAAAUAGAAUCAUUUAUAUAGAUGUGCACUAACAAAAUAAGAAAACAUAUAUUAAGCACGGUUUAAAUUUGGUGUGUUCAGUUUGGAUUUGAUUCCCAUCUCUAGUACAUUAGUUGAUGAGUAUAAACCCAAAUUCAAAAGGAUAUGUACUCAUUCUAGUGGGAGUUUCAAAGUUUUAAAAAAUAAAUUCAUAAAUAAAUAAAUGCUACAACCACAUAAGAGCAAUUUAACUUAUAAAACAUAAUUGUUUUCAUUUUCAAUAUACAUUUAUUAUUUCAAAAUAAGCAUUUCAACUGAAAAUACUAUUUCCAAACCAACAGCUUGAUGAUGGUGGGUUUUACCUGAGUGACCUAACUAUUGCCUUGUCAGUGUCUGCAAUAAACAAGACUUUCAACACAUCUUACUAGGCUUCGACUGUUGUGCAUUUGAGUGGAAUUUAUCAUAUUAAUACCCUGUAUCAAAUUUGUUUUCUUCUCCAUAGUGAAAUCAAUUAUCAAAAAUAGGUAAUAAUAUUGAUUACUUUAACAGCUCACCUUCAUCUUAUUUUCGCAAAGUGUCAUUUAAUUUUUGUUCACAAAUACCUGAGCUUUAUAUUGUCUUAAUUUAUUAAACUAAAUCAAAACAUGGAUUAUUUAUUAUUUUGAAAACUAUUGUAUAUUGCAGGCAUUCUGAAAAAUAUUGUGUAUUGCAUACCUUUAGGAUUAAUUAUAAAAUCAAAUAAAAUGAAAUUUGUCCACACAAAUAUGUACUUGGUAAUAAAAGUUUGAAUGUAAAAAAAAAAAAAAAAAUGAAUAUGAGAACAA